AAAUUUUCCACAGAAGCUUGCCAGAAUACCAGCGGUGCAACUUCAGGUGUAAAAGUCAAAUCUCACUUUGUUAGAUGUGAUUUUGACUUCACUAUACCUCAGUGAGGAUCAUGGCCUGUAAAGAUACAGGACAAACAUGGAAAUACUUCACAGGAUUGACUUUGGCUAUUCUGCUUAUUCAUGUAUGUGUUGGAGAAACAAUUGAUGUCCCAGAAACAAGCAUCAAAUUUCAGUUUAGCCACACAGAUGAGUCACAGCAUGAUAUACAAAAAAGAGAUGCAGGAACAGAUCCAUUUUAUCCAUUUGGAAUUGGAGACACAGUGAAUAAUCGCUCUGAUGAUGGAAGUUCUGCAGUGAUUUACCUCCUGCAACCAUUUAUAUUUUUUGGACUCACAUACAACAAAAUUUAUGUUAACAACAAUGGACACUUGACUUUUAAAAAGGCAUGGAGGAGCUUCUCUUCAUACAGCUUCCCAGCUUAUGGUGGAAAAGACCUCAUUGCUCCAUUCUGGGCGGAUUUUGAUAACCGUUUAAAUGGGGUUAUCUCAUAUCAGCAGUACACCUCUGGCAGUGUCCUGACACAAGCUACCCAAGACAUAAACCAAUACUUUCCUUAUCUGAGCUUUUCUGCUUCAUGGGUCUUUGUUGCAACAUGGGACAGAGUGGCGUAUUAUACAAAGUCAGGAACAGAAACAUCUUUUCAAGUGGUUUUAAUUUCAAAUGGCAAUUUCUCAUUUAUAUUAAUGAACUAUGGUACAAUUGCUCCAUCACAAGGAUUUGUGCAGGCUGGUUAUGACACCAUCAACUCAAGCUACUAUUUCUCAAUUACUGAAUCACUGCAGAACUUCACAAGCUUAACAUAUAGCAGCAAUGUCAAUGUUUCAGGCAGAUGGGCAUUCAGAACAGAUCUUGGAUCACGUGAUUUUCAAUUCAAUGGUCUAUUUUAUCCAUUUGGAACUGGAGAUACAGAGAAUGAAGGAGGUUCUGCACUGAUUCACCUUUUGCAACCAUUUUCAUUUUUCGGACUUACAUACAACCAAAUUUAUGUCAACAACAAUGGAUACUUGACUUUUAAAGCAACAUGGUACCCCUACAUUCCAUACAGGUUUCCAUAUGGUGGGAAAGACAUCAUUGCUCCAUUCUGGACUUAUAUUGAUAACAGUUUAGACGGUGUUAUCUCAUAUCAGCAGUACACCUCUGGCAAUGUCCUGACACAAGCUACACAAGACAUAAACCAAUACUUCCCUGACCUUAACUUUUCUGCUUCGUGGGUCUUUGUUGCAACAUGGGACAGAGUGGGAUAUUAUUACUAUUUGAAAACAGGCUCAUCUUUUCAAGUGGUUUUGAUUUCAAAUGGCAAUUUCUCAUUUGUUUUAAUGAACUAUGGUACAAUUGCUCCAUCACAACCUGUAACUGUACAGGCUGGUUAUGACACCAUCGACUCGAGCCACUAUUUCUCAAUUACCGAAUCACUGCAGAACUUCACAAGCUUAACAUACAUCAGCAAUGUCAAUGUUUCAGGCAGAUGGGCCUUCCGAACAGACCUUGGAUCACGGUGUUUUCAAUUUAAUGGCACAGGUCCAUUUUAUCCAUUUGGAACUGGAGACACAGAGAAUGAAGGAGGUUCUGCAGUGAUUCAGCUUUUGCAUCCAUUUAUAUUUUUUGGACUCACAUACAACCAAAUUUAUGUCAACAACAAAGGACUCUUGACUUUUGAUGCGGCAUGGGACAGCUACCUUCCAAACAGCUUUCCCGCAUAUGGUGGCAAAGACAUCAUUGCUCCAUUCUGGACUUAUAUUGAUAACAGGUUAAACGGUGUUAUCUCACAUCGGCAGUACACUUCUGGCAGUGUCCUGACACAAGCUACACAAGACAUAAACCAAUACUUCCCUGACCUCAACUUUUCUGCUUCAUGGGUCUUUGUUGCAACAUGGGACAGAGUGGGAUAUUAUUACUAUUUGAAUACAGAAACAUCUUUUCAAGUGGUUUUGAUUUCAAAUGGCAAUUUCUCAUUUGUUUUAAUGAACUAUGGUGCAAUUGCUAUAUCACAACAAUCUACACAGGCUGGUUAUGACACCAUCGACUCAACCUACUAUUUCUCAAUUAAUAAGUCACUGCAGAAUGACUCCACAAGCUUAACAUGUAGCACCAAUGUCAAUGUUUCAGGCAGAUGGGCCUUCAGAACAGAUUUCGGAUCACGGGGUUGUCAAUUCCAUGGUUUAAAAGUGUGGCCGAGAAGUACUUUCUGGAGUGAUGCCACCUGCAAGGAGAAAUGCACUUGUACCCCCAGUGGCCUUCAAUGCAGCAUGGAGCCUUGCACUUAUCCCCAAGCAUGCCGUAGAGCUGCUUUCCAAUACACUUGUCAGAACAUUCAAAGAAAAACCUGUAACAUCUAUGGAAAUCCUCACUACACUACCUUUGACAAUCAGAUUUUUCACUUUCAAGGAACUUGCACUUAUGUUCUGUCUGAGGCUUGUAAAAAUGGUUUGCCGUAUUAUCGCAUUGAGGGCAAAAAUGAGCAUCUCAAUGGUACACAUGUGUCAUGGACUCGAAAGGUCAGAGUGUUUGUGUAUGAUGAAGAAAUUGAACUGAUUAAAGGUCACUAUUAUGAGGCAAAGGUUAAUGGGACCUUUAAAUCAACCCCCUUCACAUUGAACAAUGGCUCCAUCCAUGUCUUUCAGUCAGGUUUCUUUUUGGUCAUCAGCACAGACUUUGGUCUGUUUGUUACAUGUGAUUCAAACAGCUGGGUCAACAUAUCAGUACCUUAUGAAUACCAGAAUGCCACUUGUGGUUUGUGUGGGAACUUCAACCUACAUGCUGAAGAUGAUUUUCGUUCCCCUUCUGGGGAGAUACUGAGCUCAGAUGUGGACUUUGUAAACUCUUGGAUAGUAGAGGAGUAUGCAGACCCUGAAUGUCAUCAUGUCAGCUGCACAGGUCUGGCUUGUGCUGUUUGUAGCAUCAAUGAGACCCGUAUUUACAAUGAUACAAAACACUGUGGGAUCCUAGCAGAUGUUUAUGGCCCUUUUGCUGCCUGCCACUCUGUGCUUCCACCAAAGACCUACAUAGAGAACUGUGUCUAUGAUCUUUGCGUGGGAAGAGGAUACCAACCCAUUCUGUGCCAGGCUCUCAAUGUGUAUGCUACUCAAUGCCAACAGCACGGUAUACAGCUAUUCAGGUGGAGACGACAGGGAUUUUGUGGGAUUGACUGCCCUGAGAACAGCUACUAUGUUUUUCAAGGAACAGGCUGCCCAGCCACCUGCAGUGAUCCCAACGCCCCAAAGAAAUGUCCAUUACCCAACCAGGAGAGCUGUAACUGUUAUUAUGGGUACUUUCUCAGUACUGGGACAUGUGUGCCUAAAGCAGACUGUGGUUGCAGCUUUGAAGGAUUCUAUUAUGCUAAGGAACAGUCAGUGGUGUUGGAUGAGGACUGUGGGAGGAAAUGUGUUUGCAGAAACAGGACAAUGAUCUGCAAUCAGCACCAGUGUGGUCCAGCAGAGGUUUGUGGGGUCCAUAAUGGUGUAAGGGGCUGCAGACCCACCAGCUAUGCUAAUUGUUCAGUUGAAGGUCCAGGUUCAUAUCACACCUUUGAUGGCCAAACUUUCCAAUAUCCAGGAGCUUGUGGGCUUAUCCUUGCAAGGGUGAUGGGGCCAUCCCAACGACCACACUUUUCUUUGACAGUGGAGAAGGUGCCCACAGGCAAUCAACAUUUUGCUAGGUUUCUGAAAUUUAAGGCAGGAGGAACUCAGGUCUCAAUAAAAUUGGGAGAAGUUAGCAGUGUUCAGGUCGAUGGACAAAUGGUUGAUCUGCCCAUUAAUAUUGGUUCCGGUCAGAUCCUUAUCUAUCACAGCAAUGUGAUGGGUUUUGUUCUAGAAACAAACUUUGGGGUGAUCAUUAGAGCUGACUUGCCACAUCUUGUACGAAUCACAGUGCCAAGCACUUACAAUGGUACACUUGGAGGUCUAUGUGGAAACUUGAAUGGAAAUAUUAACGAUGAGUUUUACAGCCCAGAUGGCAUCCUACUUAAUGACCCACAGACCUUUGCAGACAGUUGGCAUGAUGUGUCCCUAUCUGCUCAUUGUGAGGACUCAGCUGACCUAUUUAAACCAUUAACAAGACAUUUUCGGAGCAGCAGGCAGUUCAGUGAGCCGUGCAGCAUCAUGUCCAUGCCUAAUGGACCAUUUUCUAACUGCAGCCGAACACUAGACCCUACACAACGUAUUCAAGAUUGCAUUCAGAUGCUGGAGCAGGCAAGUGGUGCCAGGGAUGCUCUAUGUGAAGCCCUGCAGGAAUACACACUGCUCUGCCAACAGAAUGCUAUUGCAGUUGGAGAGUGGAGGAAUAUUUCCCAGUGUGAACCCACCUGUCCACCAAAUACCCAUUACGAAUUGUGUGCCACAUCCUGUCCUGCAUCCUGCCUUAGUCUCUCAAUUCCUGUUGAGUGCACCCUGCAGUGCCAGGAGGGAUGCCAGUGUAAUGAUGGACUUGUUCUAAAUGGAGAUGACUGUUUGCCUCCUAUGAAUUGUGGUUGCCUCUAUGAUGGACGUUAUAUUAAGCCUGGAAAAGUGUUCUGGAGUGAUGAAGAGUGCCAGUAUCGGUGUGUUUGUGAUAGAAUUACUGGAAAUGUCUAUUGCACAAAUUUACCUUGUAGUGAUCAGGAAGUCUGCAGUGUGGUAGAUGGAGAGUUUGGCUGCCAUGCCAGUCCACAUGGUAUCUGUUCUGUAAUUGGAGAACCCCAUUAUAUCACUUUUGAUAGAGUAAACUUUGAUUUUCAGGGCACAUGCAGAUAUGUGCUGGCCACAGUAUGUAAUGACACUCGUGGGCUUCCGGCCUUCCAGGUGGAUGCAAGAAAUGAGGUGUGGAAUGGAUGGAUAGUGUCAAGUCCUAUUGAGGUUUUUGUUAACGUCUCAGGGCAUCUUGUGCAUAUAUUGGGUGACAAAAACCGUCAUUCUGUUGUUCAGUUUGAUGGAGAGAUCAGAAACCUCCCCAUCCGUGAUGCUGGCCAGGUAUCUGUCUACUCCACUGGAUCACGCAUACGCGUCUUAACUGACUUUGGUUUGAGUGUGAGCUAUGAUGGUUACUGGAUGGUGAAGAUCAUUAUACCAGCAGCCUACAAAGGAGUUACAUGUGGACUUUGUGGCAACUUUAACAAUCAUAUGGAAGAUGACUUCAUGACUCCUUCAGGUUCUUUGGUACCUUCAGCAGAUCAGUUUGGAGCAUCAUGGAAGAUUGAUGAUGAGGUACCAUGCAAUGAUGACUGUGGAGACAACUGCCCUACAUGCCAAAAUCAGACCAUUGCUCAUGGCCUGUGUGGGAUCAUCAAUGACACUCGGGGCCCAUUUAGGUUGUGUCACGCUUCUGUAAAUCCACACGUGUACUUUGAUGACUGUUUAUUUGAUGUGUGCCUCUCUGGGAAUCAGAAUGAUGUAUUGUGCCGCUCUAUUCAAUCCUAUGUGAGUGCCUGUCAAUCUGCCAAUGCUGCUGUCCUACAAUGGAGAGAAAAUGUGUCAUGUGUCAUGACUUGUCCAGAGAACGCUCACUAUGAGCUGUGUGGCACAAACUGUGGUCAUACAUGUGCCAGCAGCAUUGAUGCUAGUUGUGAACACACAUGUUCAGAGGGCUGUUUCUGUAAUGAUGGAUUUGUGAGAAGCGCAAGACUCUGUGUACCUGUGGAGCAAUGUGGAUGCAUGUAUGAUGGAUUCUACUAUACUAUUGGUGAACAGUUCUGGGCUUCAGACUGUUCAAAACAGUGUAAGUGUUUUGGCCCGUAUGAUCUGCGUUGUUCUACAGACUCUUGCCCACCAGCAAUGAACUGUACAUAUAGAAAUGGACAUCUUGGCUGCUAUGAUGUUGAUGAAUGUGUUGAGAUUCCUGAGAUCUGUGGUCCAAACUCAAUCUGCAACAACACUGUUGGGAGUUACAAUUGCUCGUGUAUGAGUGGAUAUAAUGUAACAGACAUGAACCUCGCUAUAAACAUCAGUAACCCAUGCACAGCACUACCAUCUACAACUACAAUUAAACCACCGCCAACAACACCAUCACCAACAACAGUAAUUCGAAUGUCAAUGAGAAUAAAUAAAAUUUUUGACACCAGUCUCAUCAGCGAAACUGAAACAAAGUAUAAAUUGUAUGUAAAGCACAUUACGUCAGCAAUUGAAGAAAGUUACAAGAAUCUGCCUAACUACAUUAAAGGUUCAGUAAAAGUCACUUGCUUCAGGUCUGGUAGCAUUAUAGCAGACUACACGAUUACUGCAAACAGCACCAAUCUGAAUGUUACAUCAGCAAACACACAGGUUUCUGACACUCUCUUAAAAGCAGGAAUCCCUUUAACUCAGGUUGCUUUUGCUGAAAGUGAGGAAAAAAUCCUGACAACCAGAGCUAAAUUUUAUCCUCUGCAAGAUGUGGAGCUGAGGUGUACACGUCCAAAUUCUAUUGCGGGAACAAUGAAAUGGAGUGUGAAUGACCAAGAUCCUGCAGGAAUGAGUGCAAAAUACACUAUUACAAAUGACAAUAGCACUCUUAUUGUGAACAAUGCAAGUGAAAGUGACAGUGGUAGAUACUCGUGUAUCAUAGAAAGGUCCACAUUACCUUACAUUCAGUGGCAAACAGUAGUUAUUGGACCACGUCCCAAUAUCAUUGUGGAUAAAAUUGAAAUAAAGUUUCAGUGUCAAGACCAGAUUGUCCCAUUUACAUGCUGUGCAGAAGGCUACUCAGUUGAGUGGGACCGGAUUCCUGAUGGUGAUAACGUGACAAAUUCAGGAUCUGGCUGCGUCACGUUACGACAUAAAAUCUUUAGCACACAUUGUGGAUCUAAUGAAAUCUUCACAUGCCGACUAAAGAACAUGACAGAAUUACAAACAUUUGAUUAUAGCAGCAGGACAGUCCAAGUUCAGACAGUCAGGGGUGAGCAUUAA